AUGAUGCAAGUGACCGAGAGCUACCUCAUGUCUCGCCUGGCGCCUGGACUGGGCGCCUGGCUGGCGGAGCUGCACGCGGGAGCGGACGCGGAGCUCCGCCGCGCCCUCACGCUCCUCCGGUACCACACGCAGGAAGACAUCGGCGUCAAGAGACCGUUCCAGUGCGACCUAUCCUCGGCCGUAGAAUGCCUCAGGGGGCUGGGUGCUUGCGCCACUCCAAUGGAUAAAAUGCUUCAGGUCAAGGUAGGCACGAGUGGAAACGACUGGCUGGAAGAUGGGGUGGUGAAGGAGAAUGUCUUCAGCGUGCGGAGUUUUUUCAUGUUCACUGAGGAAAGCAUAAAGCUCAUACAGACCUCGGUCCAGCAGAACCUGGACGCUCGCAGGCGUGCCGAUGAUGACGAUCGCGACGACGAUACUGAUGCCACCGGCGGCGGCGGCGGGCGGGCCGGACAGAGGGUGGGCAAAACCGGAGGAGAUCGGGUGUACGAGGAGGAUGCUGAGGUGCUGCAAAAGACGAAUACUUUGGGGUGGUGCCUCGUCGAGGCACAAAUGGCCACCGAUGACAUUGUGGUGCUGCUGGUGUGUUGCCUAAUCGAGGCGGGAGCGACCGUCGGCGGCAGUGACGCGAAUGUCUCUGCGGGCAAGAGCGGGGACAGCGGCGACGGCGGUGGUGGCGACGGCGGCCGCACGUCCUUUCUGGCCGAUCUAGCGUUCAUAAAAGCCUUCCACUUCUGCGAGGACAGCACCUCCGCGGUGUACUUCGCGGUGUCCACCUUCGAGGUUGCCUUGGAGUGGCUCCUGGGGAAGGUUGGACGCCGGCUCGCCGAGACCCCGGCCGAGAACGGUCUAGGAAGUUUCCUCGGGAUCGAAGAUAGGCCUUGCCCCGCUUCCCCCCUCCCCGAUAUCAUCGGCGAGGACGGAUCUGGCGUGGGAGAGGCAGGAACCGGUGGCGGCGGCGACGGCGUGGCGGCGACGGCGCCCCCCCCGUCGGAGCUGGAAGCCCGUCAAGGCGGCGGCGCGGUCGUGGCGAUCGAGGACCUUACCGGCGACCCUACCGAGCGGCUGUGGUGGGAAUCGGUCGGCGUAGAGGGGCAGAGACCGGGAGCGAGGCCGGCAGCGCGGGAGCAAGGCAGCAGCCAGACAAACGUCGGGCGCGGGAUGGUGUUCGGGGAUGCCGGGGAGUGGGGCGCCGAGCAGUCGACCAUGUUCCAGAUCACGAACGGAGGAGGAAGGGCUGCCGGCAGUGAGGGCGAGAGCGAGGCCGAUGGCGGAACCGAGGGUCGAGGCGAAGAACGAGCGGGGUGGUCAGCGGCGGACGUCGUCCAGGUCUCGUGCGGAAAGCACUUCUUCGCGGCUGUUGCUCGCGGUGGUGGCCUGUACACCUGGGGCUUGGACGCGAGCGACGGCCGGCUGGGCCACGGAAGGCGCGGUGACGCUGACCGGGAAGGUGACGGGGACGAUGACGGUGCUGUCGAGGCAACCGCUGCAGCGGCGGCGGCGGCGGCGGCGGCGGCGGUGGGCGGAAGUGGAGGAGGGGGGGCGGCGGGGACAGGCGCCGAAGCUGCGGGGGGCUCGUUCUGGCUGAAGGCUCCGGUUAGGGUGGCCGCUCUCUCCGCGGACACCGUUGUGCAGGUGUCCUGCGGCGCGAAGCACACCCUUGUCAUAACCUCCGAGGGGCAUCUCUUUGCCUGGGGGGACAACCGCUACGGCCAGUGCGGCCUCCCGUGGCCUUCUUUGUCGUCUCCCGGUGACUCUCCUCGUGGCGACGGCGAUGGCCAGUUCGGCCUCAAGACGUUCGGCCAGAUGGCCAAGAAGAUGUCGACAAAGAAGUUCUUCGGCGGCGCUGACAAGGCCGGCGACGGUUCUGACGGAGGCAAGGGAAGCGGCGACAGCGGCGGCGGAAUGACAGUGUUCAGACCUACCCGGGUUCUCCUCUGGCAAGAAGGCGAUGACCUACCGCUCCGAGUCCUUCAGGUGGCUAGCGGCCGACAACACUCCCUGGCGAUAGCGUGUUCCCGGAGCACGGACAAGGCUUGCGUACCGGACAGCAGCGCCGCCGCCGCCGCCGCCGCCACCGUCGCCGCCGCUGCUGCCGCUUCUGCGCACUCGACAACUACUGUAGUGCAUGUCAACCGCAGAGAAAACGUGCUCUACUCGUGGGGAGCGGCGGGCUCCGGCAGGCUGGGCAGGUUGCCACCGCGUAACCCGUCUUCCUCCCCGUUUGCGUCGUCGUCGCCCUCCCUGACGUCGCCGUCAAUGCGGCAACCACCACCACCACACCGCUCGAAAAGCGACUCGUUGGCGGGCCUACUGCCUUCGGCGAAGGGCUCGGAAGGUGGCGGCGGCAGCAGCGGAAGAGGAGACACCGCGGCCGGUGGGCGGAGACGAAGUGGUAGCUUGGCCGGUUCUUCCGGCGGCGGCGGCGGCGGCGGCGGCGGCGAACGAGGAGAAGGGGGACGGGGUGGGCCAAGAAGUGGCGACGGGGAACUCCCUCCGCCGGAGCCAGGGCAACAAGGAAGCGCACCCCGAGCUACUCCUGCACCUCCUCCGCCCCGCCCCCCGGAAGCGUUCAACAUGCCGGCACCGGUGGCCGCCGACUGGACGUACCGCGUCAACGACCACAGGCGACACGGCGCCCCUCUGGUCGCCGUUCCCACGCCCGCCGCAGCAGCCGCGGCGGCCGCUGACCGCCUCAUCUAUCCUUUUGGCGGCGGCGAUGGAGACGGCGAUGGAACGAGAGCUAGCGCCGGUAGGCCUAGCGGUAGUGGUGGGGGCGGCGACGGCGCAGCGGGUGACACUGAGGGGAUGUCAGUGUUGGAGCCCGGGGACGGGGUUGGGAGAGGGCCCGUGGCGAUAGCGGCCGGGUGGCGCCACUCAGUUGCCGUUACGGAGGAAGGGGCGGUGUUUGCGUGGGGCUGCGGGUCAGACGGAAGACUGGGGCUGGGGUCUCACGUGGAUGCUGGCGCGCCCCGGCAGGUUCGCGCCCUCGCGUCGCGGGCGAUUCGCGUGAGGCAAGCCGCGGCGGGGAGGGCGCACACGCUGUUCCUCUCGGAGUCCGGCAACGUGUACUCCUGCGGUUCGAACGAGUUCGGGCAGCAAGGGCGAGGCGGAGCUGGUUCCGCCGCUCGACGCUCCAGCGCCUCCCAUAGCAACGCCGAUGGCUCGAGCAGGGAGACGUCAACAUCGACUCAUCCAGCUGCGGACGGUGGCGGGGGCGGGGGCGGAGGCGGGGUAUCCACUACCCUAUGUAUAUUGGCCCCGACGAUAGUCACCGUUACCGUCGGCAGUGGCAGCGGCGGUGGCGUGUCUGGCCUCCGCGUCCAGAGGGUGGCGGCGGGGGACGACCACUGCACUGUGCUCACCUCCUCCGAGCCAAACACCGCCACCGCCACUGCUUCGGCGGCGGCGGCGGCGGCGACGUCCGUCUCCGCCUCCUCCUCAGGCCGUGGAGGCGGGGGAGCGGGGAACUCCCAAGGCAGCAGUAGUAGGCGAGUCUUCACGUGGGGGCUGAACGCUGCCGGACAGUGCGCUCACGGGCGGGUGGUGGAGGUUGUGGGGGCCCCGCAGGAAGCCGAGCUGUUGAGCGGUGCGAGGGCGGUUGGCUGCGGGGCGGGGCAUACAAUGGUCGUUCUCUAGUGGGGUUGCCAAAAGGAGGAGGGGGGCUUGCAAGUACUCACGAAACAACCGUUAUUCCAGUGGCUUCCCGUCGGAGAACACCGGUAAUGUGCGGUUUGGUUCGUUGGGACGCACUUGGCGGGCGGCGGAAGUCCCCUGCUCUGAGCCUCCACGGCGCUGUAUUUGUAAAUCCUCCGCCAUUUGUGCCCUUCAGCACGUAGUCUUAAGUGGCUGCUCCUUCUGAAACGUUUGGUCGCGUUUUUUUUGUUAUCAGCACCUUGUGUUUGGGAUUCCGUGUCUCCGACCCGAGAGUUGUUGGGCGCCCGGAUGAUGAUUGUUCGCGCGAGAACUCCCUCGGGGGCAUCCAGAGACGGAUAUAUGGAGGCCCAGCGACAGCAAAUGCGAAGGCGGCUGGUGUGAUGCCUUUGUGUUCCACGAUGCUCGGGCGUAGUGUUUGUGGGAGGGGCGAUACGCCAGCGCGCAAGGUUUUUGUGAUGGGCGUGUGUGCAGCAGAGCGUGCACACAACACCAGUCUUCUGUAAGAGACUCGCGCUGUGCGAAAAACGCGACUCCGUGGGAAAUCCAUGGCUCUACUGCGGUUUCAGCCGCAGAUUUUGCGUUUUUUAUCGUGGGAUAUAUAUGAUGGAAUGAGUAGGUCAAGCGGCUCCAUAUCAAACCCGCUUGUACGGUCAUGACGUCGUUUUGUUUUUUCUCGCUUUUUCCCAGGAACUUUUGGCCACUGGUCAUUGAUUGAGUCACUACCUCAGUCACUGCCUCUUUGUUUUCGUGUAAUGACCGGGUGGCAAUGAGUACACCAUGACCGGGACAUGAUCGGGUCAUGAUCCAGUCAUGACCCGAUCAAUAACCUUGUGAUCGGGUCGUGACUGAAUAAUGACCCGGUCAGGAUCUAGCCUGAUUCGAGUCGUGAUAUUGUCAUGGCCGGAUCAUGAUGAGUGCUCACCAUGUCCGAGCCAUGAUCAUGUCAUCGCCAUAUCGUGACCCAACCAUGACACGAUGGUCUGUUUAGAUUUUUAGUUCUGCGCCGACUACCAGUGACAUCUGUGCCGGCACGCCCACCUGAAAGUUACCCCAUCCACGCCAAACUAGCGCCAAUGCCGGCACACUAUCCUAGCACUCAUCCACCCAGCGCCGACCUCUAGCACCUGUCGUGUGGGUUUGGGGCUAGGAUCAGAGUUGGGGGUUUAGAGGCUGUUCGUGCCCCUGCCGAAGCAGAAAAUCUAUUGCUUUGGAGGACGGGUAUUGCAUUGGUCAUGAACUGGCAAUGACUCGGUCAUGGCCGAGUCAUGAGCAGUCACGAUCGAAGCAUGACCGAGGAAUUAGGUAUCGCCACUGUCCCAUGUAUCGUGUUGAUGCAGAUCAGAUGUUGGAUGUGUGUGUCGACUCUCUGCUGAUCUUGAAUACAUACACCAUACACCAGUCGACAACCAACAACACGUCCACGAGCUAGGAUGAUGUGGAGAGCGUUUGAUGUGAAAGGCAAAGAGGACACCCUUUCAUAAGAAAAAAGGGCACCGUAGACUAGACUAGUAGAACAUGUACUGUGCUGCAGCUGCUAUUGCAUGCUCUCACUUACAAAAUACGCCAACCGGCCGUUGCAUAUUUGCUUGUGAUGUGCUCGUGAUGUGGUGCAUGUGUUUAAUCCCAACACGGAGCAGAUCCCUCCCGAUUUACGGCGUAGCCGCUGUUGAUAUCUGUCGUGUGUGGUGGUUCGGGAACCAACCGUCAGACUACAGCAGUAUAUGUAGCGGUCGAGUCAACGCUCGAUUUUCUUUUUUCCGACCACAAGGCUGAAUGAACAUUCUUUAAUGGUCAAUGUCAAACCUACCAGGGGGUGACGCCUGCCUGGGGGGACGUUGUUGCUUUGGCACGGGUUUUUGAGAGACACGGAGGUGCNUCUUUUUUCCGACCACAAGGCUGAAUGAACAUUCUUUAAUGGUCAAUGUCAAACCUACCAGGGGGUGACGCCUGCCUGGGGGGACGUUGUUGCUUUGGCACGGGUUUUUGAGAGACACGGAGGUGCAUUGACCGACACGAACGAUUUUCAGCCCCCCCCGCCCUCGCAAUCUAGACUUCAGUGGGUUGGCGCUGUUGGCAAAGCGCUGUAAAACACGCCACCCCAAAUAUAGCCCCCAUAGUAUGCGCUACCAAAGACGCGUGACGCAUGGAUGCGUGGAGUGAGGAUUGCUUACGGAAACCUCACAGGUUGAGUGAUGUAGGAGAUUGCCGGACACAUAGACGUGUUGAGUGAUUAUAGCUGUAUACUGAAACCCCACGGAAAGGGGAGGUUUGAGAUUGCCAGACACAUAGACGGGUUGCGUGGGGAUAGCUGCUGGAACCCCACGGGUUGAGUGAUGUUGGAGUGCCGGACACAUAGACGCGUUGAAUGAGGAUAGACACAUAUUGAACCUCACAGGUUGUUUGUAUUGGAGAUUGCGAGACACCUAGACGUGUUG